UUGACAUGUGGUAUUACUUCCGAGACGUCAUCACACGGGCUCUCUUGAUUUGUUUGUAGUCGGUUUUUACACGUGUUUUCUGGUCACUUUCCCCAGUGCAUUUCGUCAAUUUGUGGAUUUUCUCCUCUUGAGUUCAUUAAUUGAGACGGAGAGAAACAAAGGGAGUGGUGUGUGUGUGUCGGCGUGGGCUGUAUUGUGUUUUCUCGUCCUGGCCCGUAAACCCAUCCUGUGCCAAUACUUAGAAACCCAGUGACGUCACCCGUUGGCUCGGAGGCACGCAAUGUAUACGGAAUGCAGCCCGGAGUCUGUGGAUAUUUUUGGGAUUCAUAGAAGGAUUCUUAGGGGAACACCAUGUUGUGCAGAACCUGUUGAAAGAAAAGUGCUGUACCUGACGCCUUUCCCUGACAAGGGGAUAGUGGCACGGGAUCCUCAGGAUGGGACGUAACGGCUUUCAGCACUUCCUUGCAUCAACCCCCCCAUCCCUCCCCGCAACUGAAGUGCGACUCUUGCGUGUUUUAUGGCGAGGCCUGGGUCCUGGUGAUUAAACCAAGCAAAACGGAGCUCCCAAGAAAAAUUGUCUUUUGGGAGAGGAAGCGGAAGACGAGGGGAAAACCUAAUGGCAGGUUUCGGACAGAUGUAGGAAAAGGCUAAAGUUUGGGGAGCACGGCGGUGAAGAGAAAGAAGAACAAAAUCGCCGUACAGGAAGAGGAGGAGACACUUGGGAGGAAAGGGUGCAGGUGGUGACGUCAUCACAGUGAUCACGUUUUGGUAUAGGUCUAAGUGAACCUGCGCCACAAGCAUCAUGGGAAACACAUUCUUUUACGUGUGUGUGUGUGUGUGUCUCCCCUGUUAUAAGAACCGGUACAGUGGUGGAACAGGAGAGCGCGCGUACUUGCGCACACAUUUUCAUGUAAUCUGUUCGAACGUCACCCCGAUUUGCCUCAAAAGCCCGAAUUUAUAGAUGGACCGUGUAUAAAUAUAAUUUGUUCAACCUAAUACUGAUAAUAAUCCAGAAGUAAGAUAAAUAGAUAUAAUUCAUGUUUAUUUAAUACAAAAAUGAAGGCCGUCUGAAGCCUGAGGCCGACGUCGCCCCAAAGUUCCCAAAUAUGAAUGAACACACCCAAAAGGUGUGUAUGACGCCUGUGUGGAUUUUAUUAAAAUUAAAGUUACGUGUAGAAUUUAAUAUGCCCUUCACUUGAAUUGUUGAGAAAAGGAAAGGAAAGAAAAAAAGAUAAAAAAAUGUCAAGAAAAGUCAAGAAAAGAAAAAAAGAAAAGACGAGAAAAGAAAAGAAAAAGUGUUUAUAUAUUUUUAAUAAUCAGUGUCAUGCCGAAGCUAAAUGAUGACGUCAAUAAUUAACACAUCAGUUUAGACAAACAAUCAGAUUCUUUUUUUCUUUCCUUCCAUGUAAUUCAUUUUAUUAUUGAAUUAUUUCUUUGAAUAAUAUAAUAUUAACGUGAUUUAAAAACCUCGUCCACCGGAGCUCUGGUGUGCCACAGAGGGUGUUGUUGUACGGUGAUCCUGCUCCUCUCCCCUGACUCCCCUCCUGACUCCCCUCCUGGUCCUCCCUGCGCUUUUUAAGUCCUUCAUUAACGGGACCUAACAGCUGAGAUUUUGGAGACGCGGAACUGGAGGCUGUGCGGCGAUGCGUCCGGGUCUCCUCGCCUGAUUGGAUCGGUGAAGGAUGAUGUCAGACGACCGCAUGCGCCCGGGAUUGGAGCAAGCGGAGUAAACAAAGCCGCGAGGAGGAGGAGGAGAGGUCUCCACAUCUCCAGACAGUCCGAAACAACGCACACCGAAGCCGACUUUUACGCACGGGAGAGAGCGGCCCUGGUGGCGCGUACUGGUCUUACCGACCGCUCCGUUACCCACAGCACCACUGUGAAUAGGUGACGCGCUUCAAAGACUCUGGGGAAGAACGCUGAAGACACAUUUAACAACGAUUUUUUUUUACUUACUCCGGACACUGCAGUUUUGCCCCCCGUUCGUGUACGGGACUGAUGUCCGAACUCUGCGCACAGCUGCUCCGUCUUUACUGAUUUGAAGGCAGCACAUUCCUGUGCUCGGCGCUAUCGUUGCCGUCUUUAAAUAAUGUUCAUAAAAACAACGCUUUAAUGCAAUUAUGAAAAGUGAAUCCGCGAAGUCGAAUCAGAGAAGACACACUCCGGCAAUGAAUCCCCCUCGCUUGGAAACGGUCUGAUUUGCCAGAAUCAGAAUCCAGAAAAGUAAUCGAGCAACUGAAGGACAAACACUCAGAGUCAGAAACGGACAGUUUUAAAAGAGACAAUUUGGGACACUUUCGGCGAGUGCUUGGGGAACGUGUGUCUCACACGUCCAGGUGUCCCACCGAGCGGUGCGGAGUCUCCAGCUCAGGCCGGCCGCGCUGACAUGCUGCCCAAAGUCGAGACUGAAUCCUUGGGACUCUCUCGAUCGUAUGGGGAACAGGGGCACAUGCCAAGGAAUAUGCAAGGACUUUCAGUCAAUUAGUCCGCUCCUGGUUUAUGGGACGCUGAUAACAAAACUCAGGAGACGAGGAGUGGCCGACAGCCCGUUAUCUGCUGGCACACACGGCUGAACACAAAGCAUCCCAAUUGAAAAUGAUGGACUACUCUUAUGACGAGGACCUGGACGAGAUGUGCCCCGUGUGCGGAGACAAAGUUUCUGGUUAUCAUUAUGGACUCCUGACCUGCGAGAGCUGCAAGGGCUUCUUCAAGCGCACCGUCCAGAACAACAAGCGCUACACAUGUAUAGAGAACCAGAGCUGCCAGAUUGACAAGACCCAGAGGAAACGCUGCCCAUACUGCCGCUUCCAGAAGUGUCUCACCGUGGGCAUGAAGCUAGAAGCUGUACGAGCAGACCGAAUGCGCGGCGGUCGCAACAAGUUUGGUCCAAUGUACAAACGAGACCGGGCCCUGAAGCAGCAGAAGAAGGCUCUGAUCCGAGCCAACGGCCUGAAGAUCGAGGCCAUGAGUCAGGUGAUGCAGGCCGUGCCCACUGACCUCACCAUCUCCUCGGCCAUUCAGAACAUCCACUCAGCUGCCUCCAAGGGUCUGCCACUGAGCCACCACACUGGUCACCACACUGGGCACCACCACCACCACCACCACCACCACCAUGCCACCGCCUUGCCGCCCACAGACUACGACCGCAGCCCGUUUGUCACAUCACCGGUCAGCAUGGCGAUGCCCCCGCACGCUGGCAGCCUACAGGGCUACCAGGCAGCCUACGGACACUUCCAGGGCACACGCACCAUCAAGUCAGAGUACCCCGACCCGUACACCAGCUCACCAGAGUCCAUCAUGGGCUACGCCUAUGUGGACGCCUACCAGUCAGGCUCACCGCCCAGCUUCCCGCACUUGAUUGUAGAGCUGUUAAAGUGUGAGCCAGAUGAGCCGCAAGUUCAAGCCAAGAUCCUAACGUACCUGCAGCAGGAGCAGGCCAGCCGCGGCAAACACGAGAAGCUCAACACCUUUGGCCACAGCACCCUCAACGCCUUUGUUCUUAUGUACCAGAGGGCCCACCAGACGCCCUUCUCCAUCGUGGAGUGGGCGCGCAGCAGCAUCUUCUUCCGUGAACUCAAGGUGGAUGACCAGAUGAAGCUGCUGCAGAACUGCUGGAGUGAACUCCUCAUCCUCGACCACGUUUUCCGGCAGGUGGUGCACGCCAAGGAAGGCUCCAUCCUGUUGGUCACAGGCCAGCAGGUGGACUAUGGAGUAAUAGCUUCACAGGCCGGAGCCACACUCAACAACCUGUUAAGCCAUGCCCAGGAGCUGGUGGCCAAGUUACGCUCCCUGCAGCUGGACCAACGGGAGUUUGUUUGCCUCAAGUUCCUGGUCCUCUUCAGCCUGGGUGAGUGUUUUGGCUUCACUUAUGGUCAAAUGAAAGUUUAUAUUUGUUUGUGGUAAAAUCAGUGAGCAAUGUGAUGUGAUAGCAGUGUGAAAAAUCUAACGGCAAAUGGGGAUAAAGAAAUGGGGAAGUGACCACUCCCUGGAAAAAGCUAAAGCAAAGGUAGAGGCAUGAAAGGAAGGAAGUAGAGGAUGUACGAUAUUCGACCAAUGAAAAGGUUUCCAUGCAGCUCCUGAAUUAAAGCUUGUUUCUAUGCAACUCGUGGAUCAAUGAUAUUGGAUGUAUAAAUCAUGUGUGCAGGUGAUAAUCACAGAGAUAGAAUCAUGACAUGAGUAAAUGAGCUAGAAAAAAAAUGCAAGGAAGGACGUGAGAAGCUGUUGGAUUGAGCUUUGUAAAGUCGGAGAGUGAGGGCAGUGGUUGGAGGUGUGAAGAGUUUGACUGAGGAAAGGGAAAGAAUAAGUGAUGGGAUGGAGAAAACUGAAAGAUGAAAACCUAGGAAGUGAAGGAAUUGC